CCUUUACGGACCAUCAGAUCAGCAGCGGAUUCACAAAACAAAUCGCGUGUGAUAACAGGAGGAAUCCCAUCAGGUACUAGUGAUAAAGCGAUAGCGAUCCAAGCCAUCGAAAUGGCCAACGCCUUCCGCACAAUGUUCCCGGUGGUAAACCGGGAACUGCUCAACUGGUUUCCGGGCCACAUGGGCAAAGGCAUGAAGCAGAUGCAGCAGAAGCUCAAGCAGGUCGAUUGCGUGAUCGAAGUGCACGACGCCCGGAUUCCGCUGUCGGGGCGUAACUCCGAGUUCCGGUACACGAUCAGUGGGGUCAAACCGCACAUACUGGUACUGAACAAGAAGGACAAGAUCGACCGCAGGAUGCAGGGACGGAUUGUGGACCGACUGCAGCAGGAGGACUCCGAGGCGCGGCACGUUUUGUUCACCAACUGCAAGGACCAAUCAUGCAACGGUAUCCGGAAAGUGAUGCCCCUAGCGCAGGACUUGAUUCUUAGUUCGAAUCGAUUCAACCGGGCGGAUCAGAAAGAGUAUUGCAUUAUGAUCAUAGGAGUUCCCAACGUGGGCAAGUCAUCCCUUAUCAACGUGCUCCGGAAUCGUCAUCUGAACAAGAAGGGCGCAUCACAGGUCGGUGCCGUGGCCGGCAUUACCCGAAGCGUGUUGAACAAAAUUAAAAUCUCCGAGGACCCUCUAGUGUAUCUGUUGGACACGCCGGGUAUUCUGAAACCCAACAUAGCGGACACGGAAACCGGAUUACGGCUAGCAUUAGCAGCCUGCCUUCAAGAUCACCUGGUAGGAGAGGAGCUCAUAGCUGACUAUCUUCUCUACCUGAUGAACAAACGGGGGAACUUCAAAUACGUAGAAGUGAUGGGUCUCAAAGAACCGACCGAUUCGAUAGCGGAAGUGCUGAUAGCCGGAUCGAAGCACCUGGAUAAGACGGUCCGCGUUCGACACUACGACGGAUCGUUCGUAAUCCGACCGGACGCGAUGCUGGCUGCAAGGCAUAUGAUCAAAGCUUUCCGCACCGGUGCCUUUGGAAAAAUCCUAAUCGACGAAGAUAAGUUUGUCUGAAACGCUGGAAGUAGGUUAACAAAUUCGUCAUAGUUGGCUAAGCAGCAAAAGUACUUGUUUCCUUCUUAAUCAAAGUAGUCGUUUAUUAAAUCUAAAAUAGUUCUUCCUACAUCUAAGCUUG